AGAGCGGAGCGGCGCGGGACGCGAGUGCGAGCGGCAUGAGCGCUCGGCUGCGGUCCUAGCGCGAGCUGCUGCGCCCCCGGGGCUGGGCCGGGCUUCGGGGAGGUCAUGAAGCCCGACGCCGCGCGCGAGCCCGAGCCGCACCCCGGCCGGGGCGCCGAGCCCGAGGGGCGCUGGCGGGAGAGGGGCGAGGCGGACACGGAGCGACAGCGCACCCGCGAGCGCCAGGAGGCCACGCUGGCGGGGCUGGCGGAGCUGGGCUACCUGCGGCAACGCCAGGAGCUGCUGGUGCGCGGCGCGCUGCGCUGCUCCGGGGCCGCGGGGACCGUGGCGCCGCGCGCCGGGGAGCUGCGGGGGGACGCGGCGCAGCGCAGCCGUCUGGAGGAGAAGUUCCUGGAGGAGAACAUCUUGCUGCUCCGGAGGCAGUUGAAUUGCUUGAGGAGAAGAGAUGCCGGUUUAUUGAAUCAGUUGCAAGAACUUGACAAGCAGAUAAGUGACCUGAGGCUGGAUGUUGAAAAGACGUCUGAAGAGCCGCUGGAGACAGACAGCCGGCCUAGCUCAGGGUUUUAUGAGCUGAGUGACGGGGCUUCAGGAUCCCUUUCUAAUUCCUCUAACUCCGUGUUCAGCGAAUGUUUGUCCAGCUGCCAUUCCAGCACCUGCUUUUGCAACCCCUUGGAGGCAGCUUUGACGAUCUCAGACGGUUGCCCCAAAUCUGCAGAUGUGAAUCCUAAAUACCAGUGUGAUCUUGUGUCUAAAAACGGCAAUGAUGUCUAUCGAUAUCCCAGUCCACUUCAUGCUGUGGCUGUGCAGAGCCCAAUGUUUCUCCUCUGUCUGACGGGCAACUCUCUGAGGGAAGAGGAGGGGCUUGGGAACCAUGCCAGUGACCUUUGCGUCGGGUCAGAACUGAAUGCCAUCAAGACUGACGAUUCCUUGCCAUCUCCGAGCAGUUUGUGGCCGACUUCCCAUCCUUCUUCAUCCAGUAAGAAAAUGGACGGCUACAUUCUGAGCCUGGUCCAGAAGAAAACACACCCGGUAAGGACCAACAAACCUAGAACCAGUGUGAACGCGGAUCCUACCAAGGGGCUUUUGAGGAACGGCAGUGUGUGUGUCCGGGCCCCUGGCGGUGUCCCACAGGGCAGUGGUGUGAACCUUAAGAAUGCGACACCGAUGAUGAUGUGUCUGCCCUCGGGGGGAAUGUCCUCUUUGGAAAACGGGCCAUUCUCCCCACCGAAGCAGAGGUCAAAAGACUCCAAGCUGGAGCAGCUGGAGAGCAAGAGGCUGGCUCCGCCGCCGGAGGGCUGCUCGGUGGAACCCCAAAGCAAGCAUCUGCCCAAACCCUCCAAGGCAGCCCCUCCAGAACUCGCAAGGUGUCCUGCAGCGGUGGGGCUGGCGGAAUCGCCGAAGGAAAGCCACCAGGUCCCGGCGGGUUCUCCGAAAACAAGUCCCGCCAGAGGCCCCGCCGCCCCGGGGGAGAGCAAAGCCCCGCCGCAGCCCCCGAAAAAGAUGCCGCCGAAGAGCGGCCUGCCGACCUUGGACUUCAAAAGCGAGGGCUCGACUCCGAGCCUCGAAGAUGGGCCUCUGGUGAAAGCACAUUUCAUCCCGGGGCAGCAGCCGCCGCCGCCGCUGCAGCAGCUGCAGCCGCAGCAUCAGCAGCCGCCGCCGGCGGGCGCCAGGCCCCACCGCCCACACCGGCACCCGGGCGUCGCCAGGGGCGCCGCCCUGAAGGCCCGCGGCCCCGCAGCCCCGGAGCACGGCCUGCCCACCGUGCGGGAGAAGACGCGGGCGGCGGGCAAGAAGUGCCGCUUCCCCGACGACUCGGAGACGAACCGGAGACUCAGGAAGGCCUCCUCCAAGGCCAGGCGCGGUGGGACGCCCGACGCCGGCCUUCCCGGCAGGACCGGCGGCGGCGGCGGCGGCGCGGGCGGCGCUCGGGCGGGCGGCCCUCGGGCGCACGCGCACGCGCACGGGCGGGAGCCGGUGGUGGCCAAGCCGAAGCACAAGCGGACCGACUACCGGCGGUGGAAGCCGUCGGCCGAGGUCUCGUACGAGGAGGCCCUGCGGCGGGCGCGGCGGGGCCGGCGGGAGCCCGCGGGCGCCUACCCGGUGGCCGUGGCGCUGCCCUACGCCAGCCCCUACGCCUACGUGGCCAGCGACUCCGAGUACUCGGCCGAGUGCGAGUCGCUCUUCCACUCCACGGUGGUGGACACGAGCGAGGACGAGCAGAGCAACUACACCACCAACUGCUUCGGCGACAGCGAGUCGAGCGUGAGCGAGGGCGAGUUCGUGGGCGAGAGCACCACCACCAGCGACUCCGAGGAGAGCGGGGGUCUGAUCUGGUCGCAGUUCGUCCAGACCCUCCCCCUGCAGACGGUCACGGCCCCAGAGCUGCACGCCUGCCCCAGGAAGACCUUUGUCAAGAUCAAGGCUUCGCAUAACCUCAAGAAGAAGAUCCUCCGCUUCCGGUCUGGCUCCUUGAAACUGAUGACGACCGUCUGAGUAGCUGGUGGAGCGAGCGUCUUACAUUCCUCCCCCCUCCCCAAACCCCCAAGUCUCUGAAAACAAAAGAAAAAAAAAAAAGGUGGUGUCUUAAUAUUUGUGUCCGACUUCAAUGGGAUACUUACCUUUUAUUAGGAUAAGCCCAAGAUAAAUUCUGUCUCAUCGUCAUGUAUGGACGCUUAGUGCCUUUAACGGAAGGUGAAGGAUGUAUCGCUUAGUUAGAAGUAAAUAUUGAGGUCUUAAUGGUGGUGAUAGUGAAUGAAUUUUGAUUAUCGGCUGUUUUUGGGGGCUUCUAUUGUCCGAGCGUCUAGCAAAGUACAGGUUUUUGAUGUUCAGGUUUUAUUUGGAUGAGACCUUUUGUUUCCAAGGUCCGUGGGUGGGAUUUUUUAAGAUAUGAACUCGCUCCUUGAUUCUUUAGGGCUGUGUCCCUGAAAGGGCUUUCCAGUUGAGGGGCAUUGCAUAAAAUUGCAUAGUAUAGGUUAAAAAAAAAAAAAAGGUCAUUGCUUUCGCUAAAUUUUUUUUUAAAUAGUCAACACUUCUCAGAGGUCUCCUCAUCCCGUUUUCUUCUCAGAAGUACGCUUUUUACUGUAGGAUUUAGAACUUGUAGAGCGGACUGUAGAUCUGGAGGUGGCAACCAGGAUAGAGAAACUGACAGUACCUUAAAGGGAUUCACAAAAACCUUUGCCACAUGCUGUGCCCCAGCCUUUGUUACAGUAACCCUCUUGGGCCAUAUAUCCAGCAGUUUUUGAUGCCUUUCUGCUUCUAACUUGUCGCCAACACAACCGUUUGUCCCUUAGAGGACUUGCCUUGGAGAUAAAAUGUUGGUCCUUUGGUGCAAAGACAUUUACCCCUCAUGGGCAUGACUCCAAGCCCAAAACUGCUCACCGAGCACUGUGCCACCUAAGCUCAGGCCUAAACAGCAGUGCAUUCCAAUCCUCAUUGGGCCACUGACUUAUUUAGAAGGGCUUUAAAUUUUUUAAGAAGUUUUUGGUAAACAGUAUUGUGUAAAAUAGCCUUUUUAAAAUGCCAAUAUAUGCAUGUUCUAUGCAUGAGUAGUAGUUGUUUGGAUUCCUGUUUUGAUAUUCCUGUUGUUGGAUUACUGUAUGAUAUAAGCAGUAUGUGUUUUUAUAUAUAUCAUUGUGUAAAUUUAAUAUAACACAUUAUAUGCUGUACUAAAUGAUUUGUUUUUAUUGCUGUUAACUUUGUUAUUUGUUAUAAAAACCAGAUGUUUACACCUA